CAAAAAAAGACCAGGACCGCAAGUGACGGCAGGUGUGUGAACUGUGCGGGGAGAAAGGGGGGCUGUUUUGGAAAGUAGCCUCAUUUGAGAAGCUCAUGGAGGGCCCGGAGAAGUCCGCUGGGACAAUGGGGUUGCUGAAAACCUUCGACGCCGCUGAGUUUGGGAGCUGGGAGAAGAUUGGCUCCGGCGGAUUUGGACAAGUGUACAAAGUACGGCACGAGCAGUGGAAAACAUGGCUGGCAAUCAAGUGUCCUCCCAGCCUUCAUAUAGACGAAAAGGAGCAUGCAGAGCUUUUGGAGGAAGCCAAGAAGAUGGAGGCAGCGAAGUUUCACCGCAUCCUUCCGGUGUAUGGAAUUUGCAGGGACCCACAGGGCCUGGUGAUGGAGUACAUGGAGACGGGCUCCCUGGAGACACUGUUGGCCUCCGAGGCGUUGCCGUGGGAGCUGCGUUUUCGCAUCAUCCACGAGACCGCCGUGGGCAUGAACUUCCUGCAUUGCAUGAACCCCCCACUGCUGCACCUGGACCUCAAACCCGCCAACAUCCUGCUGGAUGCCCACUACCAUGUUAAGAUCUCAGAUUUUGGGCUGGCAAGAUGGAACGGUCUCUCCCGGGAUGAAGAUAUCAGUCGCGACGGGUUCUGUGGCACCAUCGCUUAUCUCCCACCAGAGAGACUAAUCGAGAAGGAUCGAGUCUCGGACACCAAGCACGACGUGUACAGCUUUUCUAUAGUGAUGUGGGGAAUACUGACCCAAAAGAAGCCAUAUCAGGGAGAGAACAACAUCCUGCACAUCAUGCUAAAGGUAGUGAGGGGCGCACGGCCGGACCUGGCCGCCAUUCCGCGCCCCCACCCCCUGGACUGCGACCGUCUCCUGCCGCUGAUGCAGCGGUGUUGGCACAGCUCCCCGGAUACCCGGCCCAGCUUCCUGGAGAUUACCUCUGAGACUGAGGAUCUUUGUGAGAAACCCUCUAAGGAUUCCAAACACCCGACUACUGACCUAGAGCAAAGCUGUGCUGAGCAGCAGGGGGACGACGUGCAGGCAGAGAAGCCAAAUCCAGUGCUGGUUCCAGAAAAAGACCUGAGCUUGAGCGAGCUGCUGACCCAGGUGGAUUCUGGGAUUUCCCAAAGCUUCGACUGCGUCCUAGACAAGAACACUCCAUGCAAGGAAAAUGUGGAGAAGAGGCAGUCCGGAGUUUCCGGGGAAGACCUUUCCUUCUCCUCCCGGGAGUCCCUCAACCUUUCAUUUGAAAAGGAAAUCACUGGGGUGCCGAAUGUGCAGCAGCAGAAGCUGUGUGAAGUGAUCAGGAUGCAGGACAUGGCCAGGCUAAUGAAGAUCCUGCAGCCGCAGGAUGUGGACCUGAUGCUGGAGGAUGGGCGCAGCUUGUUGCACUAUGCCGUUGAGAUGGCUAACGAGGAGGCGGUCAAGUUCCUCCUGCUUAAUAACGCUAACCCAAAUGCCGCCGACACCAGAGGCUCUACAGCACUGCAUCUGGCUGCCGAGAAGAGGCUGAGGAUCAUCGCCGAGGUGCUGCUCUCCCGCAAGACGACCAACCCCAACGCCAAGGACGAGGACCUCUACACGCCGCUCCACUUCGCCGCCCUGAAUGGCGACGACGACAUCGCCCGUCUGCUCCUGGACAGGAACGCCUCCGUCAACGAGCCGGACUUCGAGGGCCGCACGCCCGCCCACGUGGCCUGCCAGCACGGGCAGGAGACCGUGGUGCGGGUGCUGCUGAGCCGUGGGGCGGACACCCGCGCGCUGGGCAAGGACGACUGGACCCCUCUGCACUUCGCGGCCUGGCAGGGCCACCUGGCCAUCGCCAAGCUGCUGGCCAAGCAGGCGGGGGCCAACAUCGACGGGCAGACCUCCGACGGGUGGACAGCCCUGCACCUGGCCUCCCACAGAGGGCAGUACAGGGUGGCGCGCAUCCUGGUCGAGCUGGGAGCGGACGUCCACCUCGCCGACGCCGACGGGCGUAUGGCCUUGCACUCGGCGGCCGAGAUGGGCCACACCAGCACCGCCAGGCUGCUCGUCAAACAUCACGCCCAGGUCCAGGCCCAGACCGCCAGAGGCAGCACCGCGCUCCACCUGGCCGCCCGACGCGGUCACCUGCCCACUGUCAAGAUGCUGGUAGAGCAGGGCGCAGACCCACUCGCGGUCGACCAGGACCUGCACACCCCCUGCCAUCUCGCUGCAGAGGAGGGACAUUCCAACAUUGUUAACGAGCUUCAGCAGAGCUUUCCAGAGAAUUCAGAUGUACCCAGUGAGCAGGGACUGAAGCCUUUGCACCCAGCAAUUUGGGGAGGUUACACGGACAUGGGCAGCAUGUUGCUUUCCCAAGGAGCAGAGACACCACUACACUGCCAAAACUCAGAAUCCCAGAAUGCACUGCAGCCGACAGAGGAGGACAGUAGCAAGCCCACCUUGAUUACGCACCUCCAGCCAGGGAUAGUGGUCCUGAAGCACACAGAGAAUGAGAUGCCUGUAUCCCAGGAUCCUGCUUGGCCUCUUUGUGCAUCGGCCUCCUGUUAAGCCGGUGCUGAAGGGACGAAAGGGAUUUCAUUGAAAUGAGGAGAUGGUGUUUGACAUUUAUGGAACCAGAAAGCUAUUAUAUUCACUAGACAGGCUGAAAAGUACCACUGACGGUGCAUAUUGUACUUGAAAGAGUGCAUGUGCGAUCGCAGAUUAUUCACAUUGCCAUUGACCAUAUCAUGGCAAUGAUGAAAAAGUUGUGCUUGGGGCUGACAGUGAUGAUAUUGAUUACAAUUUUUAAAUAAUCAAAGCAUUUUUUGAGAAAGGGAAUAACUUCAUAUUUGUUUUGGCUAAAUUUGUUGUUGCCCUGCUUCGAUUUCAUCUGAGAAAUGUUCUCACACACCCUUGCAUCCAGUUUGCAUAUUUGGGCACAAAAGUGUUGCUAAAUGGAGCUAUAUUUUGUGAACAGAUUGCAGACACACAAAUACAAAACACACAGAACUGGGAAGGAGCUUCUAGGGAGUUACUGUGUCUGUUGUGGUGAAAUGGUUCACCCCUCUAAAACACACCCCACUUUCUGCCUCAGGCAAAACAAUUAUAUGGCAUACUUUGAACACAUUCCAGGACUUUUGGUAGGAAUGUCUUUGCUCAGCACACUGGAAUGGAAACAGUUGGAUCUAUGUUGGGCAACUGCACUGUGCCAACGCACUUUUGUUGAUGCUAUGCCCUUGUGUGCACAAUUUUUUUAUAUCACCCUAAAACCUAGUGUAGAAUUCACUGAUUGUUCAAUUACUUGUAUAAAAACCGAGUUUGCUUGGAUGGUCAAAAUUAAUCAGUUUCUGGAGUGUCCAAGGGACUGCAGUCAGUUAUGAGCUCAGCAUUGCAGUGAAAUUCUUCAAGUUGUUUUCAAGUCUGGACUGGAAAAAUAUAGCGUGCAACAAAAGCGAAAACACCCAUCUACCCAUUAGAGGGGGUGCGGGAGCCUGUCCCAGCAUGCAGUGGGGGAGAGGCAGGAAUACACCCUGGCAAUCUAUCGCAGGGCACUCACACCAUUCACUCACACACUCAUACCUAUGGGCAAUUUAGAGUCUCCAAUUACAUUACA